AUGUUCCAGCCUCAGCCCACGCCUUUUGUGUCGGCUCUGCACGUACAAUCCCCUCACUCUCAUUCUCAUUCUCCAUCUCACUCUCACUCUCACUCUCAAUCUCAAGCCUAUUCGUCGCGGUCAUUUCACCACUCACCUCAAAAUGUCGGAGGGUACGCCAUGAACUUAGGAGGAGGAGCGGCAGCAGCACCAAGGGGAGGCCCGGGAUUGGGAGGUGUAGGAGUGUUGGGAGGAGAAGACUUGGACGAUUACAACUUCCCACCAACCCCGCUGGGAGUGGGUUCGUCUUCGGGUGCAAACUGUAUUGGGAUGGGCUUAGCAUCCGCUGGCCCUCACGGCCACAGCAUGGGCACCCCCCUGGCCCACGGCGGCCAUGCACUGAACGGUAGCUUAGGGCCGGGCAUGGGGGGGAUAGGGAUGGCGGGAAUGGCCAUGGGGCUGGGCGCCAGUCCACUGCAAUCGCCGUCGCAGCCGCCGUCGCAAUCACAAUCACGGUCGCAGUCACUGUCUCUGGCCUCUGGUGGGGUCGGGGAAGCUGCAGGUGGGGGUACGAGUACAGGUGCAGGUGCGGGUGCAGGUGCUCCUGCUAUUAUUGCAAUUGCGACAACACCUUCUGCAUCUCGUUCUAUUGCUACCACAGCGGGAGCAACAGCAGCACCACCAUUACUACCGCUACCACCAACAGUACCUCCCCCAGCUGCACAGGGAACGACGCCUCUACCUGCUGGAAACGGCCUGUAUUCCUCCUCGCCUUCCCCCGCUGGCCACCGUCACAACCACGUUGCCUCCUUCCACCACAGCCCAGGCGCAUCCUCAGUGACCACGUCCUCCUCCCAUUCCCAUUCCCACUCCCACUUCCACCACGCUGGAGCUUCUUCAACCUUUUACAACUCCUCCAAUUCCAACUCCAACUCCGUCACAGCACCAAGCAUCGCCAACUCCACGAGCACUCGCCCGUCCACCAUGGAGCCCGGCGAGCCUUCCGACCUCGCUGCCCAGGAAGCCGCCGCCCGGGAGUACCAACCACAGCUCGAGGGUCCAUUGGUGGGCGACAAGAUCACAAGCGAUGCCAUCACCGAUGAGUAUGCAAAAGCCGACGAUAUCUACGUUGCCAAGACCAUCGCACUUCCACAGACGUAUUCGCACUACCGACCGAUUCAAGGCGAUGGAAACUGCGGCUGGCGAGCAAUUGGUUUUUCCUACUUCGAGCAGCUAGUCAACAACGGCGACCAGCAGCAGAUCCUCGGCGAGGUGGCGCGCAUCACGAGUCUUAAUCAGUACCUCCUCAAUGUUGGCGGCUACGAUCGGAUGCUGUUCGAGGACAUGGUGGAUGAGACGAUUGCCCUCCUGAGAGACCUGGCACAGAACAUCGCCAAUCAGCAAUUGGCCAUGCAUAUCCUCGUCCAGCGCUUCAAUGACCAGGACGCCUCCAACGCAAUCAUCUACCACCUGCGCCUUUUGGCGAGCUCGUGGUUGAAGGGCAACGCCGAUGCCUACGUGCCCUUCAUUCCGGGUGACACGGGUAUUGCCGGCUACUGCAGUGAGCUCGAGCGCCCCAACAGAGAGAUUGAGCAUCUCGGCAUCCAGUUGCUUGUUCAAGUCUUGCUGAAGCCUGUCAACUUCGUGUUGGAAAUUGCCUACCUUGAUCGCAGUGCCGGAAGCCAGGUCAACAGCUACCGUCUCCCCGACGAAGCCGCUGGCCAGGACCCCGCCAAUUUAGGCCCAAUCAUCUACCUUCUAUACCGGCCUGAUCAUUACGACAUUCUGUACAAAUCUCCACCAAACCCGGCACCCUUGAACCUGCAGGUCAAUCGAGCAACGUCCUUUUCUCACCGACAGGAGAUUACGAGUGUAACUCCGUCGCUGCACUCUUUCACCAACAUCGAUUAUAGCCCCUUGGCUAUGCUACCCGGCUUCGGCGGCCCGUCUUCCGGUCUUUCCUCUGCCCUUUCUUCUCUCGGCUCACCCACCACCACGUCGCCGCUGCCGGACGCUUACGAUCCUCCGCCGCAGCCACCCUGGCUGACUACGCCCUACUCCGACCACCUACAUCAACAACAACAGCAGCCCCUAACUGCUGCUCGUGUGCAGCCGCAAGCGCCACCCCAGUCACAACAAUCUACCCCUGCCCCUGGAAAGCCAUCACAGCCUGUUGAUUACCAGCUGAGGUUCAGCCACCAAUGCUGGCACCUCAGCAACUCCGGCUCAGCGCAGCCCUCGAUGUUGUCCUCACAGCCAAGUUUUCCAGAGCCCAGCUUCACCACAGCCAUGUUUAAGAACAGCCACUUCAACAAGGCACAUUACCAGAACCCACAUUUCCACCCGGAAGAAUGGACGCCCGAUGAUGAUGGCCAUGAAAGAAUCCCAAGUAUCAAGAAGAAGGGACGGCUCAAAGCGGAGCACUAA